AUGGCUCGAAACAGCGAGAAAGCGCAGUCGAUGCUCUUCCGCUUCCGAGCGGCACAGGCAGCAGAUCUUGGAAUCCUCGACAUCGCACGCACGCGCCGACCAAAGGGCAUUACACAGAUAGAUUCCAUACCAACCGCAGAAAAAUGGCGAGGUCAAGUGCUGAAGGAAAUAUCGCGCAAAGUCACAAGAAUCCAGGACCCUAGUCUAAGCGACUACCAAAUCCGAGAUCUCAACGAUGAAAUCAACAAACUCAUGAGGGAGAAACAUAUGUGGGAGUCACAAAUUCGGAAUCUAGGCGGACCAAACUACAUGCGUGGCGGUGGGAGGGUUUAUGAUGAUGAAGGCAGGGAAAUUCCAGGUGGUGGGAAAGGUUAUCGAUAUUUUGGACGUGCGCGAGAACUUCCUGGUGUCAAGGAGAUGUUUGAAGCAGCAGCGAGGAAAAACCGACCAGAUGAAGAGGAAACCGAGAGCGGGAAGAAAGCUGCCGAAUUAUUCCGCAAACACGUUGAUGCUGCUUACUUCGGCUAUGGGCGAGAUGAGGAAGAGGAUGCCCUGGUUGCCUAUGAGCAGAAACGUGAAAAGGAAGCAAUUGAGAAUAUGAUAAAGAACGGGGAGAAUGAAGUCGAGGAUGGUUGGGAACCGUUGCCGGGCGAUGCUGGAGAUGGCGUAGAAUGGAGGCUUCCCACGCUUGAAGAAGUUCAAGAGGAGCUUGUCGAUAGAAGGCGCCGAAGACUUCUGGACAAGAUCUCAUGA